GCACGCCUUCAGGACUCGACCCCCUUUCUUUUCUUUUUCUUUUUUUCCCUCAACACACCAGUCUUUUCCCAUUCCCGUUAUUGCACUUUUUGUAUAACAGGGGGUUGGGAAAGUGAAGUUUUAGUCUCUCCCAGUUGUUUUUUUUUUUUUUUUGUUUGUUUUUUUUUUUUUUUUUGACCAGCAGCUGGGCAGAACAUCGAGUGAACAUGUAGAAAUGGAUUUUAUGAGGCUUUUUGGCACCGUUAUCGCCGUCUUGUUUCACCCUGGAUCCGCUUCGAAAAUAAAUGGCCAGAAAAUCUGCCGACGCGGGACGGAGCGGCCGUGCUAUAAGGCAUCCUACAUCCAGGACAGCAGGCGGAGGCUGACAUUUGAGGAUGCCAGGCAGUCCUGCAGGUCAGAGGGAGGCGAGCUGCUCAGCAUUGAGACAGAGAGUGAGCAGCGGUUGAUAGAGAGCUUCAUACAAAAGCUGAAGGUUGGAGAUGGCAAUUUCUGGAUUGGGCUCCGUCGUAGCCCGCCGCAUCACCGGACAGGAAAUAAUAACCCAGGAUGCCCCUCGCAGUACCAUUGGGUCGAUGGAAGCAAAGCCAAGUACAGGAAUUGGAACUGGGAUGAGCCGUCAUGUGGUUCUGAAAUGUGUGUGGUGUUGUACCACCAGCCCUCUGCACCAGCUGACGAAGAAGGCCAUUUCCUGUUUAAGUGGAAUGAUGACAAUUGCAGCUGCAAAAACAACUUUGUCUGCAAAUACAAGGAAGAGAAAACCCCAGUAUUCACAGGGGACAGGAUCAUAGUAGAACCAGUUCCAUCUCCGAGGCCAAACAUAUCCACAGAAGGGGAUGUCAGAAUAACUAUUGGAUUACCUGAGUCAUCGGUGUCUUUCUCAGACAACAGCCUCUACGCUUCCUACAUCCUCUAUGCCACUAUUCCCGCUAUGCUGCUGCUGCUGCUGCUGUUAGUAGCUGCUGGGUUCUUUUGCUACAGACAGCAUGCAAAAAGGAGAAAAACAGAAACGGAGAGUUUCCCUGCAAGAUCGAAACAGCCGAUGCCAACAGCAUCUUCGGUUUCCUCCAUUCAAGGACCUUACGCCUUCAGUGACAUCACUAAACUUCCUCACGCUGCUCUGGACUACAGGACGCAGGCAGAAAUCAUGACAAAGUACUCCUGCCCAUACUCACAUGACGGCCAGUAUCCUGAUUAUGAGAAUGUGACGUGUUCAGAGAAGGAGACCGGCUUCGUGACGAACGAUAUCUAUGAGACUGCCAGAACUCAGAGUCGGCGGUGCCAUAGUCAGAUUCAUCAGGAUGGAUGGGUGGAAAAUGAGAUCUAUGGCUAAUAUUGUUUAUGUCCAUCUGAGCUCCAGAAACGUCUGUGAACUUGCAAUUGUUAAAGGAACCUUAUUAAGCUAGAAAGAGGAACAUAUACUGGUCCAUAUCUCUUUCUUUCUACAUAUCUUGCUAGAUUACCAGUAAGGUACGCAGUCUCAACAUACACAAUUGAGUUUGAAUGGUUUUACGUGGACUGGUUUCAGAGUGUGAAUUUAUUUCUUGUGUAUAUGUCGUCGCUUAACAUCUAUGUUUUUUGGUCAGUUAUAACACUAUAUUUAGGAUGUUAUCAUAUCUGUCAAACCAUAUUAAAUAAAUGCUGAUAUUAAUCAAAACAAAA